AUCCGGAAGACUAUAACAUUCGAGCUGGCUCAAAAUACUGCAAAGAAGGCGGGGUAAUUCACCAAGUCAUGGACCUUGUUCUUCACAAGGAUUACGAAGGUGGUAAAUGGGACAAUGAUGUAGCUAUAAUGCGGCUAGCAGAGCCUCUGACCUUCAGUUAUGUCAUCAGUGCAAUAGGAAUGGCGGAGGUGGAUGAAGAGAUUCCAAAUGGGGGGGAAUGCAUUGUCACAGGUUGGGGCAAGAUGUCGGAGAAUGCAACUGAAUCAUCUCCAACAUUAAGAAGAGUGUUAGUCCCCAAAAUAUCCCAAGAAGAUUGCGCAGAAGUGUACAAUAGCCAUGGUUACCCCAUAACUCGGACUAUGGUAUGUGCAGGAUAUUUAGAAGGAGGGAAAGAUGCUUGCCAGGGUGAUAGUGGCGGUCCUCUGGUCUACAAUAACAAGUUGUCGGGCAUCGUAUCCUGGGGCAUAGGUUGUGCUGAACCUGGCUUUCCUGGAGUAUAUUCUAAUGUAGCAACCUUGAGGGAAUGGAUUGAUACAAAUAUUAACAACUUGAAGACGAAGCAUGAGAAAAUUACUGUUUAAAUGCAUCAAUAUUAUAUAGCUUUGUGUUGAUGAUUGUUACGAGUUUCCUGUAUUUUAUGAUAAUUUUAUACACAGAUGAAUUGACACAAUAAUGUAAUUUUGAGAAUUUUGAUGGUAUUUA